CACUGAAGCCAGUAACAGGAAAUUGGUUUUGGUCCAGUCGACAAGACGUUGCAAGCAAAUUGACAACAUAACAGUUAACCCUCAGUAAUCGCUCAUCUAGUGGUGGAAAAUAUGGAGGAGUACCAUCCUGGUGACGAGGUGGCCUUCAACCCCGAUGAAGCAAGUAACUGCGUGAAAGAGUGUAUUGAGGGCAUCAUCGGAGGGGUGGACUACAGUCAGAACAAGGUGAACCAGUGGACCGCCACCAUCGUGGAGCACUCACUCACCCAGCUCGUCAAGCAGGGCAAGCCCUUCAAGUACAUCGUGAACUGUGCGGUCAUGCAGAAGAGUGGCGCUGGUCUUCACACGGCCAGUUCCUGUUACUGGGACACUACAACUGAUGGCAGCUGCACGGUGAGGUGGGAGAACCGCACGAUGUACUGCGUGGUCAGUGUGUUCGCCGUCGCCGUGACCCUCUAACUGACCCCGCCGGCCUUCACACACACACACGAGCCUGAGAGCAGCCGAGAGCAGCGCGCACACACACACACACACACACACACGAGCCUGAGAGCAGCCGAGAGCAGCGCGCGCACACACACACACACACACACACACACACACACACACACACACCAGGGGAGCAAACUCCAACGAUCUCAACGGUUUGCUGUUCGGCUGAAGGGUGUUCAGUGUCUCCGGUGGCCCCCCCCCCACACACAGAUGGACACGCAGAGUGACCCCCCCCAGAUGAUGUCAUCUCUCUUGUGCGUCCGUGGCAACUGAUGGUCCAGUCCAUGCUAUUGCUGCCGUGUUCUCUCCAUGCUAGUGUACAGUAACCAUAGCAGUUAUUAUCCAGACUAUUAUGGGGUGUGUUGAACUUAUGCAGACUCCUUGCUUAGCACAUAUGCCAUGGCCAACAUGUAUAUUACUUUCACACACACACACACACACACACACACACACCCCAACAUGUAUAUUACUUUAUGGAUGGAUUUUUUGUUUGAGUGUAGCUUGUGUUAUUGCUAUUUUAAGAUACACGUUUAGGUGCAGAGAGAGGUGCAAAUCUAAUUUAUUCCCAAAUCUACCCUUACCUUAACUCAUGUCAUGUAAACCGUUGUGAAAUAUUAACUGCACAAAUUCUUAAGUAAAAAAAAAAAAGAGCAACAUUUUAAACAUUGAUGAUGGUGAAGAAAACGGUGUGGAUUCCACUGCCCAAACGCAUUCUUUUUGCCCUGAGACAUUUAUGGAUUUACCUAAAACAUGAUUGAAUAACUGUUUGGUUUGUAAACAAACUCAUCAUGUCAAACUGAGCUCCAGUGACAGUAUGUAAAAUAAAAAAUCAAGAUCUGUAUAAA